GAGCCAUGUUGGAGAUGAAUGAAAGGAGGGCGAGGAAAGAGAGAUGUUGCGUCCCUAAGUCACAGCCCAAGCUUACAGAACACAGCGAGUAAAUGCGAGCUUUCCGGGCCGAGAGAGAGACGGAGGACCACGGGAGGAGGUUUGGGCCGGGCCGGUGAAGGCUGCGACUUAGCCAGGGAGGGGAAGGAUUUCUGUUCUACUAAUGGCUGCGCUGCUGCUGGAACCAAGCCUGCUUUCGCGUCUGCUUCUGUUGCUUCUCCUCGGCUCUUUGUUCGCUGCAAGCCCAGGGAAGGUAGCGGGGGGCUUGGGCCGGACCGGAGCCUCCUCCCCCACACCAGGACAGACUAGGAACCCCAGAUCCAGCGUGUGGGGGAGACGGGACAAGCUGGCCGGGGAAAGAGACAGCGAUCUGGGGGAGCCGUGCACUGGGGGAGCCAGCACUGGAAGGGGCUAUGGCAGCCGGGUGGGACUGUGUGGGUACCCUUGUAAAUUAACCCUUCUGUGCACGGAAAGCGCGGAUGGCAAUGCACAGUACCCGCUGCAUGAGAAGACUUCACAGACUGGUUUCAGAAAUGAUCGGCAGCCGGGAAGCAAACGCACGCCGUUUGUGCAUAAUUCUAUUGGAUUGUACUCCUCCGUCUUGCGGAAACGGGGUAAGAAAACCAUACAAAGGACUAGAGCCCCCUCGGCCCCAUUCGGAUGGCAGAUUGUCCCCCGUCUAGCCGGAGCACGCACGGGCCGACCGGGGCAGUGCACUACAAAGGGCGGCGUGUGUGUAUUUCUGCGUCCUUCUUGGCACUCGCUGUUACCGAAUCAAGAAGCUAUUGUCCAGGCAGAGUGGGAGGGCCUCUGCUCGCAGCUCUCACUGCCGGACUGUACGCGGUCUGCCCUCUGUACGAAACAGCGGGGAUCACAAACAGCGGAAACAGCGGAGUGCGCCUUCUCGCUGGUUUUGCAUUUAUGUAGGAAACCCUCCCCACUGCCAGUUUCCAAUCCGGAUAACAACUACAACGCAAACACUGCUGGUGCAACUGUCUUCCUCAUCUCGAACCCGUGCCGUUUACCCUCCUCAGCCGACGAGAACAAAAGCAAAAACACACCUUGGAUUAUCAAACUUGUAGUGCAGCCGUGGUGCUGCUCCUGCUGCUCUGCCAGGACUGAUAGCAGGCGGAGGGGACCCUGUCAGAACAGCUGCCGGGGCUUCAGCGAAGAGCAAUGGAGGAGUGAAUGUGUUCGAGUCUGUGAUGUCGCUCGGGAGCGGGGUUUGAUUCGGGAGUGUCACGCGUUUCAUCUGGUCGUGGCGGUCAGCUCACAUCACAGUCUCCGGGAGCGAAGAGCCGAGGACUCAGGGGAAUCACUGUCAUUACUACGAAAGCGAACUGCAAAUCGGCAUGUGAAGCAAACUGUGAAUGAAUCGCAGGUCGAGCAUUCAGCAGCCGGCGAAGAGAGCGGCGACCCGGGGCAGAGUGGCGUCAACAGCCCGGGCCUGGAAAUCAAUGACUGGAGCUUCAAACGGCUGAAGAUCAGCGACAGACAGAGAGGAGCAGAACAAGAGCCGCUGGAUCAGUCCUCGGGUCCGAAGCUGCACUACGUGAGUAAUCUCAGCACCCACAAUAUUAACAUUACUAGCGCACUACCUGCGAGCUCUCCCGGUCAGCAAUGUGUUGUUAAGGUUCGUGCUUUAAACAAAUGCCUGGCUCUCAAUGAUAAUCGCCAGGCAUGUGCUGAAGGGCUAUGUGAAGAUAAAAGAGGCGCUGACUGUUUGAGCCGAAGGUUUAAAUUCCUUUUGCUGAGCCCCGGAUGGAAGCAGUGUAUGGGCCGUGUGUGUGUAAAACAGCGGGCUGUGUUAAACUGCCUGAGGGGAGAGGUUUCAGCACCACAGGACUGGCGGACAGCUCCCUCCAGCUCUCAGCCAGAAUUAAGUUCAGCUGCGACCGCUCUCAGAGCCUCAGCUCUCUCGGUUUGCAAACAAGACGGGAAGAUGAAACCAGAUACUAAUUAUAACAACAACAACACAGCCGCGGAAAAUCCAUUCCCGUCCGGUCCCUGUCUCCUGCGCCAGAUGCUCAACGCCACCAAAGUCUGUUUAAAAACUAUUUGUUCUGACAGCAGCCUAGCUAUCGAUCUGCGCUCGGUUCAUCCUCAAUUAAAGUCUCGCACGGCGGCGGCUGUGUUGCAAUACGAUCCAUUACACAGCAAAGCUGUCGGGCGGCAGAGGAGAGGCAGGAGGAGGAGGAGGGCAGGGCCAGUGCUACCGUUAGUAAGGGCACGUAGAGCCACGAACCGCCACCCCCUCUUCCCCCAGUAUAAUUACCAGGUUCAGGUGGCGGAGAACCAGCCCCCAGGGACCUCUGUAAUUGCUAUGAAUGCGCAGGACCCCGACCCCGGCGAGUCAGGCCGGCUCUCCUACUCUAUGGCGCCUCUAAUGAACAGCAGGUCAAUAGAUUACUUCAGCAUCCACCCCAGCCACGGGCUGAUCACCACCACCAAGGUGCUGGAUCGAGAGCACAUGGACCUGCACUACUUCCGUGUCACCGCCGUGGACCACGGGCAACCACGCCUCUCCGCCACGACCAUGGUGGCCAUCACCGUGUCGGACCGUAACGACCACGACCCAAUGUUUGAGCAGACAGAGUACCGGGAGACCAUCCGGGAGAACGUGGAGGAGGGCUACCCCAUCCUGCAGCUGCGCGCCACGGACUCCGACGCCCCCUCCAACGCCAACAUUCGCUACCGCUUCGUGAGCGAGGCCUCGGCACCCAGCCGCGCCGCCUUCGAGAUCGACCCGCGCUCGGGGCUCAUCACCACGCGGGGGCCGGUGGACCGUGAGCAGACGGAGCAGUACAGUCUGGUCGUGGAGGCCAGUGACCAGGGCAGGGAGCCGGGGCCUAGGUCUGCCAACGUGAAGGUGUUCAUCACAGUGCUGGACGAGAACGACAAUGUGCCGCAGUUCAGCGAGAAGCGCUACGUGGUGCAGGUGCGGGAGGAUGUGCGGCUGCACUCGGAGAUCCUGCGGGUGAGCGCCACGGACCUGGACAAGGACAGCAAUGCGCUGCUGCACUACAACAUCAUCAGCGGCAACAGCCGGGGCCAGUUCUCCAUCGACAGCGUGACGGGGGAGAUCCAGGUGGUGGCGCCGCUGGACUUCGAGGUGGAGCGGGAGUACGCGCUGCGCGUGAGGGCCCAGGACGCCGGGCGGCCGCCACUGUCCAAUAACACAGGCAUGGUGAGUGUGCAGGUGGUGGAUGUGAAUGACAACGCGCCCAUCUUCGUCAGCACGCCCUUCCAGGUGUCUGUGCUGGAGAACGUGCCGCUGGGCCACUCUGUCAUCCACGUGCAGGCCGUGGACACCGACUCCGGGGACAAUGCGCGGCUGGAGUACAAGCUGACCGACACGCUGCCCGACACGCCCUUCGUUAUCAACAGCGCCACGGGCUGGGUGACAGUGAGCCGGGCGCUGGACCGCGAGGCCGUGGAGCACUACUUCUUUGGGGUGGAGGCACAGGACUACGGCACUCCGUCCCUCUCGGCCUCGGCCAGCGUCACCAUCACCGUGAUGGACGUGAACGACAACCGGCCCGAAUUCGGGCAGCGCGAGUACUUCAUCCGGCUCAACGAGGAUGCGGCCGUGGGCACCAGCGUGCUGAGCGUGACAGCCGUGGACCGGGACGUGAACAGCGCCGUGACAUACCAGAUUACAGGAGGGAACACGCGCAACCGCUUCUCCAUCAGCACGCAGGGCGGUGCCGGGCUGAUCUCGCUGGCCCUGCCUCUGGACUACAAGCAGGAGCGGCGCUACAUACUCACGGUGACCGCCUCCGACCGCACGCUGCACGACACCUGCCAGGUCCACGUGAACAUCACGGACGCCAACACGCACCGGCCCGUGUUCCAGAGCACACACUUCUCUGUGGGCGUGGCAGAGGACCGGCUACCAGGCAGCACCGUGGUCGUGAUUAGCGCCACGGACGAUGAUGUGGGGGAGAAUGCGCGCAUCACCUACUUCCUGGAGGACAACAUCCCACAGUUCCGCAUCGACUCCAACACGGGCGCCAUCACGCUGCAGGCAGAGCUGGACUACGAGGACCAGAUGACCUUCACGCUGGCCAUCACUGCGCGUGACAACGGCAUCCCACAGAAGUCUGACACCACCUAUGUGGAGGUGAACGUGAAGGACGUGAAUGACAAUGCGCCGCAGUUCGUCAGCCCGCGCUACCAGGGCACCGUCAUGGAGGACACCCCACCUUUCACCAGUGUGCUGCAGAUAUCCGCCACUGACCGUGACGCACACGCCAAUGGCUGGGUCCAGUACACCUUCCAGAACGGGGAGGACGGAGACGGGGACUUCACCAUCGAGCCCACCUCAGGGAUCGUACGCACGGUACGGCAGCUGGACAGGGAGAGCAUCCCCUUCUAUGAGCUCACCGCCUACGCCGUGGACCGGGGGCUCCCUCCUCAGCGCACCCCCGUGCACAUCCAGGUCUCCGUGCUGGACGUGAACGACAACGCGCCUGUGUUCCCCGCUGAUGACUUCCAGGUGUUCGUGAAGGAGAACAGCGCCGUGGGCUCCGUGGUGGCUCAGAUCACGGCCACGGACCCGGACGAGGGCCCCCACGCCCAGAUCAUGUACCAGAUCGUGGAGGGGAACAUCCCGGAGAUCUUCCAGAUGGACAUCUUCUCCGGGGAGCUGACCACACUCAUCGACCUGGAUUACGAGGCGCGCUCGGAGUACGCCAUCGUGGUGCAGGCCACGUCCGCGCCCCUGGUGAGCCGGGCUACCGUGCGGAUCAAGCUGGUGGACCAGAACGACAACGGGCCGGUGCUGCAGAACUUCCAGAUCAUCUUCAACAACUUUGUGUCCAACAAGUCCAACAGCUUCCCCAGCGGGGUGAUCGGGCGCGUGCCGGCCAGGGACCCCGACGUGUCGGACCGGCUGCACUACUCCUUCGAGCGCGGCAAUGAGCUCAACCUGCUGCUGCUCAACCACACCAGCGGGGAGCUGAGGCUCAGCCGCAAGCUCGACAACAACCGGCCUCUCGUGGCCUCCAUGCUGGUCACUGUGUCAGAUGGGAUCCACAGUGUGACAGCUCAGUGUGUGCUCCGUGUCCUCAUCAUCACGGAGGAUAUGCUGUCCAACAGCGUGACAGUGCGUCUGCAGGAUGUGUCCCAGGACCGCUUCCUGUCCCCGCUUCUGGGACACUUCCUGGACGGGGUGUCCUCUGUGCUGUCCGUCCCCCAGGAGGACAUCUUUGUGUUCAACAUCCAGCAGGACGGGGACGCAGACAUCCUGAACGUCAGCUUCUCCGCCCUGCUGCCUGGGGGGCUCUUCCUUCCCUCCGAGGCGCUGGAGGAGCAGCUGUACCUGAGCCGGCCGCGGCUCACCGCCCGAGCCAUGCUGGAGGUGCUGCCCUUUGAUGACAAUGUGUGCCUGCGAGAGCCCUGCCAGAACUACAUGAAGUGUGUCUCCGUGCUGCAGUUCAACAGCUCCGCCCCCUUCAUCAGCUCCGCCUCCAUCCUCUUCAGACCCAUCCACCCAAUCACGGGGCUGCGCUGCCGCUGCCCGCCCGGCUUCACGGGUGACUACUGCGACACGGAGAUCAACCUGUGCUACUCCAAGCCCUGCCUGAGCGGAGGGGUGUGCACGCGCAGGGAGGGCGGCUACAGCUGCGUCUGCAGAGAGGGCUACACUGGAGAGCGCUGCGAGGUGGACAGUCGCGCCGGCCGCUGUGUCCCGGGGGUCUGUGGGAAUGGGGGGACCUGCACAGAGCUGCUGGAGGGGGGGUUCCGCUGCGACUGUCCCUCGGGGGGCUUUGAGAAGCCAUACUGCACCGUCACGACCAGGUCCUUCCCUCCCAAAUCCUUCAUCAUGUUCAGAGGACUGCGGCAGAGAUUCCACCUCUCCAUCUCCCUCUCGUUUGCCACUCUGGAGUCCAGCGGGCUGCUGCUGUAUAAUGGACGAUUCAAUGAGAAACACGACUUCAUCGCUCUGGAGAUCGUGGAGGGGCAGGUGCAGCUCCAGUACUCCACAGGUGAGUCUUCCACCCAGGUAAGCCCUUACCUGCCCGGGGGGGUGAGCGAUGGAAACUGGCACACCGUGCAGAUCCAGUACUACAACAAGCCCAAGCUCAGCUCCUCUGGUGAGGCUCAGGGCCCCUCAGAGGAGAAGGUGGCAGUCGUGACGCUGGAUGACUGCGACACGGCCCUCGCUCUGCGCUUCAGACAGCAGAUCAGCAACUACAGCUGCGCAGCGCAGGGAGUGCAGUCCAGCUCCAAGAAAUCUCUGGACCUGACGGGUCCUCUCUUGCUGGGCGGUGUUCCGAAUCUUCCUGAGAACUUCCCCGUGCUGAGCAGGGAGUUCAUCGGCUGCAUGAAGGACUUGCACAUCGACAACCGCAGGAUAGACAUGGCCGGCUACAUCGCCAACAACGGCACCCUGCCAGGCUGCAGUGCUAAGCUGUCUUUCUGCGAUGGGAACCCUUGCAAGAACGGAGGCACCUGCCGAGUGAGCUGGAAGACCUUCUCCUGUGAGUGCCCCCUGGGGUUCGGAGGCAAGGACUGCAGCCACGUGAUGCAGCACCCACAUCGCUUCCUAGGGAACAGCGCCCUCUGGUGGGACCUGAAGAACGAGGUGACCGUCUCACUGCCCUGGUACCUGGGGCUCAUGUUUCGAACCCGCGCUGCUGAGGGUGUGCUACUGCAGGCACACACAGGACAGUACACCAGCAUGGCCUUCCAGCUGGAUGGUGGUCAGCUCUCGUUCCUGAUCAGCAGAGGCUCGAGCCGCAUGGUUCGGCUGCUGCUUGACCAGGUGCAGGUGGAUGAUGGGAAGUGGCACGACCUGCAGCUGGAGCUGACAGAUGUGCGCAGCGGCCGGGACACGCGCUACGUGGCAACCGUGCAGCUAGACUUCGGCCGGUUCCAGAGCACGGUGAUUUUGGGUAAUGAUCUCCAUGGUCUCAAGGUGAAGCACCUACAUGUGGGCGGAGUCCUGGGGACAGGGGAGGUGCAGAGCGGAGUGCGGGGGUGCAUACAGGGGGUGCGUUUGGGAGACACUCCAGUGGGGAUGCCCCUGCCCAAGCCGACACGUUCAUUCAAGGUGGAGUCGGGGUGCAGUGUGGGUGACCCCUGUGAUUCCAGCCCCUGCCCCUCGAACAGCUACUGCAGCGAUGACUGGCAGCGCGCCUCCUGCCUCUGUGAUCCAG